GGCCGUCAUGAUCCUGACGCUCUAACGCGGGCUUCGAGGAUCCACGCAAACCUCUCGGCUCAAUCUCCACCACACCACGAGUGAUUUAGGCAGUUUCUUAGUCGCUGUGGCCUGCUAUGCAUUAACCAGGCGCGGCCAUGCUGGGCGACGGAGUCCUCAGCGGCUAGCACAAUUUGCCGGAUCGACAUUCACGGGCGGGUUCCAGUUUUCAGUCAUCGUCAUCAAUGUUUUCAGUCAUCAAUGGCUCUACGGAUACAGGAAUUGAUGUGUUUCUCACCAUAGGCGCAAAACUUGAACAAGCUAUACUUCUGAGCAUGUUCUGGGCGCGUACUUUGACCGUCGGCUGUGAUCAACAACCCCCUCCUCCUAAGAGGCGACCGAGCCCGCAUACUCCUUUGGCCAGCGGCGCCGUCUGUCGACCACAAACGGUCUCCCGAGAACCAAGUCGAUACUGGAGUUUUCGCAACGUAGCAUAUGACAGUAAGUGGCCGCAAGCAUGGGUCGGUCUCUGGCGAGAUUGGAUGCCACUCAAGGACAGCUUUCCCCUUGCUCUUCUCGAGCCUGCCAGUCCCAAAGUCAGAGACAGCCCACUGGUUCGGCUCCAGCGGCUCAAUCUCCAGAUCAAGCUCAUGCGCUUUCCUAUUGGAAAUGAUGCCCUUCAGUGUCCGGACUAGCGAGGCUGUUGUGUGCCGCGGCAGGGACCCUCGGUCACAACCCCUCGGG